GCUACCUAGGUAUGCAGUGGUCAGCAUACCAAGAUAUUUGGAUAUUUUCGGCCUUCCCAUCUCGCCUUUUGAUUUUGACCGUCUCCUGCAAGGCCACGACGCAUAUUGAGUUGCACCUCAACCUACCGACAGUGUCGUUAGCCAAUACUCGCCAUGCCUCGACUUCUGCAAAACUCCAGACGUACGAGGCCCCCUCCUGCUUCCGGUGCUUCCGGUGCUUCGACUGCCACAUCUGCACAUAAUGGACCGGUGGAAUUACCCCCCUACGAGGCCCCGUCGUUCCCCAUGAACGACACAGCAAAGCGGGCACUCCUCGAGAUUUCGAACAAUCGUGAUACAAGGAAAUACGAGCAGCACCUGACCAAAUCUAUCGCCCUACUGAGAGACAGUGUUGGUGUCACAAAUGACCGCCUCCGUUUCAGGACGGACCAUGUUGAGCAGUUUCAGGCACGACGGACGGAACGUGGUGAAGAUCAGAAAUCGGCUGUUGAGAUAGCGACAGAGGAGUGCGCCGAGAAGCUUGGCGAUGAAGUGCCUGCCCUGACAAGCCGAGCGGAGGCGGCUUUGCGCGAGGUUAUUGAUUAUCGGGCUGAGUUGGAGGACGAAAGGGCCGUUCUCGAUGAAGUGUACAACCAGGUGCGGGCACAACUGCCCAGGCAGCCCCGGCCCGAGAAACGGCGAAAAGUGCAGCGUGUUGGCCCUGGUAGCGACGGGGACGACGACGAUGCUGACGACAAUGCGGAGGCGCAAGCGGAAGAAGAGGAUGCUGAGAUGGAGGACCCCGAGGACAAGAUACCUUUCACUGGAGCCAGUGAGCUCCUCGAGUCGAUUCGACAAUCCAAAGCGAGCGAAUACGGCAAUUUGAGUAUGUACGAGAGAUACGGUUUGAAUAACGACUACAUCUCUUUCAAGAGGACUUUGCACGAUGCCCUAUACCAAGACGACGUCCCCCUCCCUGAUGCGUCGACUUGGUUUGGUCCGGAUGGCCGUCCUGCUGUUGAUACCAUUAACAGCCGGAACAAAUCCGCCAAGAAAGAAUCUGGCGAAGGGGAAGAGGACCUCGUCAUCGAGCGAGAGGUGCUCAGCUUCAGGUGCCCCCUGACUCUGCAAACCAUGACCGAGCCAUACACCAGCCGCGUUUGCAAGCACACAUUCGAGAAAGCUGCCAUCUUGGUCUUCAUACGCGACAACCGAGGAAAAUGCAAAUGCCCCGUGUGUCCCUCGGAAAUCCAAGCGAAAGACUUGUUUCUGGAUGAGAUCAUGCAGCGCAAGAUCCAAAGGUCUCAGAAAGCAGCAAAGGAGAACGUGGAUCGCACCUCGGACGUGGAACCCGAUGAUGAUGAUGGUGACGAGAGUGUGUGUGUUGGGAGGUCGACACAGGUAAAGCGAGAGAGGGGCCGGAGGCGUCGAGUUGUAGACGACGUAGAGGAUGAGGAGGAUGAGGAAGGUGAGGAAGGUGAGGACGGUGAGGAGGAUGAGGAGGAUGAGGAAGAGGCUUGAUGCGGCCCGAACAAGCUUGACGAGAAGAGCAGUCCAGGUAAAUUCACCUGGUCUUUACCCAUCGGCUCGCUGAGCGAGCUAUAACACGAGCAGUAACGAGACAAACGUAUGGUUAUAGUUGCUU